GAUGUCACAAGGAGACACGUUGGAAACCGCGAUUCUGGCCUGCACACGUGGAUCGUUCCCAGAGUUGGUCAAGAUUCGGGUCCUGCUCAGUACUUGGUUUGCAUCUCUGACAUGGAGAAACUGUUCUCAUUUAGAGAUGUGGCCAUUGAGUUUUCUGCAGAAGAGAGGGAAUACCUGGUGCUUGCUCAGUGGAAUUUGUACAGGGAUGUGAUUUGGAGUGUGAAGAGACAUGCAAAAGUAGGCGCACACGCAGGAUCAAAAUCCUAUAAAUGUAAAGAAUGUGGGAAAACCUUUGAUUGGAAACCGCUGCUUAUAAAACACCAGAGUAUUCAUACAGGAGAGAAACCCUACAUAUGUAAAGAAUGUGAUAAAGGUUUUAACUAUUCUCUCAACCUUAAAAAGCACCAAAGAAUUCAUACUGGAGAGAAACCCUACAAGUGUGAAGUAUGUGGUAAAGCUUUUCUCUGUUCUUCAUAUCUGCGUAAGCAUCAAAGAAUCCAUACUGGAGAGAAACCCUACAAGUGUGAAGAAUGUGGCAAAGCUUUUACUAGUGGUUCAGGCCUUGUUGUUCACCGAAGAGUUCAUACUGGAGAGAAACCCUAUGAAUGUGAAGAGUGCGGCAAGGCCUUUACUAUUCACAUAGCACUCUCUAAACAUCAAAGAAUUCAUACUGGAGAGAAACUGUACAAAUGUGAUGAAUGUGGAAAGACUUUUAAUGUUCACUCAACACUUUCUAAACACCAGAGAAUUCACACUGGAGAGAAACCCUACAAAUGCAAAGAAUGCGGCAUGGCCUUUAACAUUCGCUGCAUACUUUCUAAACACCAGAGGAUCCAUACUGGAAAGAAACCCUAUAAAUGUCAAGAGUGUGGCAAAGCCUUUAUCUGUUCUUACAGCCUUCACCAACACCAACGAAUACAUACUGGAGAGAAACCCUACAAAUGUGAUGAAUGUGGCCAGGCCUUCACUUUGGCUUCAUAACUGCGUAAGCAUUGGAGAAUCCAUAUUGGUGAGAAACCCUACACAUGCAAGGAAUGUGGCAAAGCAUUUUACUGUUCAUCCAGUCUUAUUUACCAUCAGAGAGUUCAUAUUGGAGAGAACCCAUAUAAGUGUGAUGAAUGUGGAAAAGCCUUUAGCGUUUAUUCAUCCUAUAUGAAUCACCAGCGAAUUCAUAGUGGAGAAAAACCCUACAAAUGCAAUGAAUGUGAGAAAUCCUUUAAUAACCGUCAUAAUCUAACUCGACACCAAAAAGUUCAUACUGGAGAGAAAGCCUACAAAUGCAAAGAAUGUGGCAAAGCCUUCACUUGUACUACAGGCCUUACUCAACAUGAGAAAAUUCACACUGGGGAGAAACCCUACACAUGUGAAGAAUGUGGUAAGGCCUUUAACUCUUCUUCAAACCUUAAACAUCAUUGCAGACUUCAUAGUGGAGAGAAGCCCUCCAAAUGUGAACAACAUGGCAACACUCUUGAAAAUUGUUCAGGAUUUACUAGACACAACAGACGUCAUACUAGAAACAAUCCAGUUUAAUGCAAACACUGUUGCAAAGCCUUCAAUAAUGUUCACCUAUAACUCAAUACAAUAAGAAUAAUUCAAUAUAAUAGAAUUGCAAGGAAUUUACUAAUAAUUCAACCCUUCUUCAUCACCAUCAAUUUAGUACUGGAGAGAUCUUGUAAAAGCAAAGAAAGGAGUCUCAACUGUUGAAUAAUAUUUUAUACACAUGAUCAAAAAUACACAUAUGAGAGAAAUCCUACAAAUUCAAAUAACACAAGAAAUCCUUUAUUCUUCACAACACAAUCAACAGAAGUAUUGUUGAGAAACCCUUCCCAAUACAAUGUGGCUACCUUUAAGUGAAGCCAGAUCUUCAUUAACUCUGAGUGAAUUCACAGACACUACACAUGUACAUAGGAAGAUAAUUUUCAAAUAUAUAAA